CCCGCAGCAGGGUCCAGCAGGGAGUGGUGGCAGCUGGAGCCCAGCGCCCCGAGAGUCUCUCGCUCUGUUUGUUUGGAAGGUGAUUUCAUCGCUCCUGGUUUCUCAGGGGCCCUGGUGGUGCUGACACCUGGCCCAGCACAACCUGCGCCUCUGCCUGGCUACUGCACAGGAAGGAAGAAAAUGGAAACUACUCUUACCUUGUUGUCUUCCCUCACCUCAAAAGAAUUAUGAUUGUUUCAUAAAACAUUUGAUCUGAAAACAUUGCUGAAAUCACAGUCAGUGCAUCGAGAUGCUCACACUGUGAAAGACAUGCAGGAACUGAGACCGACUGAGGGAACAGCAGAUUCAUGUCUCCCAUCUCACUCUCACUCCGGGGCAUAUGCUCAUUGGGUGGAAUCACCUGCACUAUUUACGGUGGGAAAUGACCACACCUAACAAGACACCACCAGGUGCUGAUCCCAAGCAGUUGGAAAGGACAGGUACUGUUCGGGAAAUAGGGUCUCAAGCUGUUUGGUCCCUUUCAUCCUGUAAGCCAGGCUUCGGAGUGGACCAGUUACGAGAUGAUAAUCUAGAAACUUACUGGCAAUCUGAUGGGUCACAGCCUCAUUUGGUGAACAUCCAGUUUAGAAGAAAAACAACGGUGAAGACAUUGUGUAUUUAUGCAGACUACAAAUCUGAUGAAAGCUACACCCCAAGCAAGAUCUCGGUCAGAGUAGGAAAUAACUUCCACAACCUUCAGGAAAUUCGGCAACUUGAAUUAGUGGAACCGAGUGGGUGGAUUCAUGUUCCUUUAACUGAUUCUCAUAAGAAGCCUAUUCGCACAUUUAUGAUUCAGAUUGCUGUUUUAGCCAAUCAUCAGAAUGGAAGAGACACUCACAUGAGACAAAUUAAAGUGUACACCCCAGUGGAAGAAAGCUCUAUUGGUAAAUUUCCUAGAUGUACAACAAUUGAUUUCAUGAUGUAUCGCUCUAUAAGAUGAAUUGUCUUAUGAAGAAAGAAUAAAAGUGAUUUUGUUAUCAGUUUUGUUUCAAAUGUCUUUUCCUGUUAAAAAUGUGACAGGACUUACUCUUGUGGAAUUCUCUCUCUAUAACUUUAAUUUUUGUGUGUGUAACUUUAACCUGUUUUGAGUUGUGCUGUUUUUUGAUUUCUAAUCUGCUUUUGAUAGUCACAUUUUCUGUUAAUUGUGUUUACAAAAGCUGUAGGAGGUUUUUAGAUUUUCAAAAUGUGUAUAAAAGAACUUUCUCCUUUGCUACGAAAUGGAUAACCAUGGUUCACAUAACAUGUAUAUUCUUUUUUUCCAGGUCGUUUCUCCAUUUGUUGAUAAUGUAUUAGAAUACUUCAUGGCAUGACUGCAUAUUUUGCUUGGGUCCAUCCAAAAAAGCCGUGUUUUAAUUAGGUGUAUUUUUAAUGGAUUAUUACUACUGUAUUUUUUUCUGGGUACGGGAUGUUCAUUCUUUUAAGAGGGAUCUUUAUGUCUUUGAAAUGACUCCAUUGUGGUAUUAUGCAUGUCUUGUUUCUGGUGAGAAAUGUGUUUAACUGGGUUUUUAUUCUAAUAGGUCUCAAUGUAGGUUUCAUUUUUCUGUAUAACUGAAAAAAUUGAAAUCUAGAAGGAAAGUGAAUAUUUCUAACUGUAUUUUAUGUUGUCCUGUCAUUACAGAUAUAAUGUAACCAUUACAUCACUGUAAUGUAACAAUAGACAUUCCAGGAAUGCACAGGCAACAUUCCUUAGCAUUGCUUCCUAGCACCCUUUAAAGUCCCAUGGAUCACAUAAAAUAGUAAGAAUUCAAAUAAAAAUCUGUAUAAAUCUGA